AUGGUUCAGGUUACUGUGCAGACCAAGAAUGAGAAAGAGCUGAACAACCACCUCCUGAGGGUGGAAUUGGAUGGUCGACAGAAGUUCAUGGAGCUUCAGCCGAAGUGUCAGAUCGAUUUCCCGGACACCCCAGCGGGCGAACGUACAGCCACGGUAGACAUCUACCAAAAAGUUGGUAGCUGCACGUUAAAGUUGGAUUCUUCCAGCAGCAGUCUGCAGCAAUGCAGGAUGCCCGGGUGGGACAUGACGGUGCAAGCCAGCAGUAGAAGUUCCUCUGCGUGGAACAGCCUAUUUGGAUGGUGUAACACGUCGGAGGAGGUGGAUUUGAGUUCGGUGAGUGCUGUCCCAGUGCAGGAGGGCGCCGUGGUGCCAGAUGAGGCCUCGGGGCCGCGAUUGCUGGUGCUCACAGACGUUGGUGAGGAGAUCGAUGAUGAAGCUUCUCUUUGGUUGCUUCACCAGCAUCUCAACGCGUUUCCAACGGCUGAAGCUGACAUUGUUUUCGUCACGGGCUCGCCAUUGGAGCGUGCCACGCGAUGGGCACAAGUCUUGAACUCCUUGCCCGCGCACCACAAGCUCACGGACCGGAUCCAGUACUACGUAGGUCCCACCACCAGCAGGCACAUGCGGUAUCGGAUGAUGGCCGACGCUGCAGAACUGCUCAGUGCAGGCUUAGCUACGUUGAUCAAUAAACCCUUCGAAGGAGGCCUGUACGAUGUGGUCCUGCAAAUUUCGCCGAUUUCAGGCUUUUCAGCCGACUUCGCGAAUCCUCCGCCCGCGCCUCUGGGCGCACUGGCUGCUGUGGAGCCACGCCCCGGGGCGCAAGGUCUUUUGUACAUCGUGGUGGGUGGAGAAGGGGCCACGAACUUCCCACGCGAUGAGCUUCACAUCGGUUUCAAGAAGCUUCUCAUUGAGAAAGGCUUCCAAUCUGUGCAUGUGGAGAAAGCCAAUUACUUAAACUGGGACAAGGAUAUGUUCGAAACCUUUCCACCGAAACUGACUGAGCUGGUUUUGGACGAUGAGUGGAACAAGGCUGUGGGCCGAAUCCCACCCAUGGUUGCAAAUCUUUUUGUUCGCUUUCGGGUGAACACCUUGGUGAACUACGAGGUGGUUGACAGAGCUUUUGCCGCCUUUGAGGAAGAUCUACGUGGAACACCAGAUUAUGUCAAAGCCACUGCCUGGUGGGUCAAAGUCGAGAAGAAGGUUCUGCAGGACAUCAAGUCGGGCUACAUCAAGAAGUCUCGGGAAGCCGACAACAAGUCCAAAGAUUGCUUUGGAAAUGGCACAGUGGGCUCUAAGGUGAAGGGCAUGAAGAUGUCCUGGGAGUCCAUCAUGUCACGGAUCUGCGUGCGGGACAUCCUCGCAAGCACGGAUAUCACAGAGACCACCUUCGCCACCAAUGGUGUGGACGAGGUGAUGUGCCAUGCGGUCACGCUGAUGACCAGCAAACUGCUACGGAUCUAUGCCUUCAACAGGUUUGUGAGUGGCCGCGACCCAGACGUGCAACAACUUGAGCCCUACCUGGUGGGCACCAAGGACACCCUGCCGCUGGACUUCCGAAACUUCCCGGAGCUCCACGGUGACAUCUCGGCCAUCCAAAAAGAGGUCGUGGGCAAUCCGAUGUACGACCCCGCUGGAAUGCUGGUGGCUCUAGGGGCCAUGGGUGCAACCGAAAAGCAGGUGACCCAAAUCUCGCAGAAGCUUCAGAAUGCAGAGUCGCUCAUGACACCUGAAAUGCGCACGCUGGCCAUGAAAGAGGCCUAUGCGGGAGCAGGACAAGAAGCUUUGGUGGAAAAGUUCUUCCCCACCACCUUUGAGGACAUGGACACUAUCAAGACACCCACCAGCCCAUAUCCACGUUUGCUCUUCAUCACAGAUGCGGGGGAUGAGGCUGACAAUGAGGCUGCUCUAUGGCUGUUGUCAACCCAAUUGGAAAAGAUUGAGAACGCUCGCGUCGAUGUGGUCUUCGCCACGGGCCAGCCUUCCUUGCGUGCCAUGCGCUGGGCCCGAAUCCUGAACAGCAUCAAGAAGGACAUCCCCGGUGGCUCGAGGAUUCGCUACUGCGUGGCGCCGGAGACCAAGCGAGAGAUGAGGUACUAUACCAAGUUCAAUGCAGAUGCACUGAAGCGUGCGGGUAUGGGCAACCUCGCAGAGUCUGUUUGGGAGGGUGGCCGGUACAACAUCAUCAUCCAGGCCUCUCCUUUAGAAGGCUUCGACGACAACUUUGCCAAGCCUUCUAGCAGCCCUGAGGGUGCUCUGCAACGGGUUGAAGCCUCCACCUUGCAGACGCCGCUGAUUUACAUCGUCGUGGGAGAAGAAGGAACACCCAAUUUUCCGAAAGACAAGCUUCACAGAGAGUUUAAAAAGCACCUUACCAACAAGGGCUUCAAGGUUCUUCACUUGGGACCCAACAACUACAUGCACUGGACCACUGGAUUCUUCCCGCAACUGCCAUCAGUGCUGGCGAAGGAGGCCUUGCAGGAUGAGUGGAAGAAAGCGGUUGGACGAAUUCCUCCGGAGAUGUCCAACGUCUUUGUGCGCUUCAAGGUGAACACCAAUGUCAAUUACGUCGUAGUUGACGUGGCCUACAAGUCCUUCACCGAAAGCCGCUCAGAGGAUGAUACCUUCAAGCAGGCCAUGGCGUGGUGGGCGCAGCUGAGGCCGAGCAUUCGACAAGAAGUCAUGGACAACUAUGUGAAAGUGAGCCGGCAGCACGACAACACGGGUGCGAAGAUCGGCAACCCCAAAAUCAAGGACAAUGUGAAGGGCCAGCAAAGUACCUGGAGGUCCAACAUGGCCACUGUGUGCGUGGAGGACAUCAAGGCUGCUGGCAAGCUCAGCAAUGAAGCCUUAGAAAACAUGUCAGUGGACGAGGUCCUGGGAUUGGCACUCACAGAGAUCACUGGGAAGCUCUUGCGGAUCUACGCCUUUGGUGCUUUCAGCGCAGGCGUAGUGCCAAACAAUGCACAGUGCAAAGGUUAUGUGAGCGGUUCUGCCUUGAAUCCUCCGCUGGACUUCUACCAGUUCCCUCGAUUGCUGGGCGACGUGUCCGUCCUGAAGAAGGAGGUGGUGGGCAAUCCCAUGUACGACACGUCGGCGGUGCUCUUUUCGCUCUGCCUCUUUUCAGCGGCUCCUGCGCAGGUGGAGAAGCUUUUAAACAAAGCUGCGGCAGGUUCGGUGCUGCAGAAGGCAGAGCGAGAUGAGGUGCUAGUUCGGGCCUUCCGGGGCGAAGCCUUGCCAGAUUUGCUGGAGAGGCUCUUCGACUUUGUGUCCGAGGUGCUGGACCUGCGGUUUCCCUACUUCUCAGAAGACCAGGUGGGUGACAUUGCACGGACCUUCACCACAUUGCAAUACCGCUCAGCGAGCUUUCUGGCGACCCUCCGUCGGGAACUUCCCUUUCGGCUGCACGAGUAUGCUUGGUGGAAUUUGAUUGACAUCGGCGAGAUGUACGUCGUCCUCCAGGUGCAGGAUCGGGAGAUCGCCGAGCGCAUUGCCAAUGAGGUUUACAAGCUGAUCCUCAACAUGAGGUAUAGCUACCCAGCCAAAGCGCUAAGGGUUUUUGCCUUCCUUGAGGUGGGUGACAAGAGGACUCUCCGGCUAUUGGUCAGAAGCGUCCCCCGGAGCAUCUCCUACUUGACCCCGCAGGCCGCAGCGGAAACAAUUGUGGCAUGUGUAAGUUUGGACAUCAAGCCGCAAGAUGUCUUCCACCGGCUCAAGGCUUGGAGGCUCUACUUGGUCCUCAUGAAGAAGCUGAUGCCCAACCUAGGCUCCUUGACGCCAAAGAUGACGUGUGAUGUGGUGGCGGCCUUCGCGAAGGCGGGGCAGAAGGAGUUCCAGUUUGCGCUCCAUGUGGAGGCAGCGGUGGAGCAGCGGCCCUUUAAGUUUCAUGCUGAGCACCUGAUCUCCCUCCUGCGAGACUUCGCCACGCUCCAGCAGCCCUGCCUGAAGCUGCGGCAACAGCUGCUGAAGCGACACCAUGAGUUGCCUGAGUGCACGGUGAGCGGGCUGUGUGCCUUGCCUGAAGCUUUAGCCGGACACCCUGGUGGCGAGAUUCAGGAGGUGGAGCAACAGAUGCUGGAAACUAUGUCGGAGCUGCUGUGCAAACCCGAAGCGUAUCAGCUGCCGAAGGAUGGACGAGUUUUUCGUUCCAAGGAUGAUUUUUGGUGGCAACAAAUGAGGCAGCGGCAUUUCCGUCUGCGUCGCAAGGCCCUGGAAAGGGGCAGUGCGGUGGCGCCAGUACCAGUGGUGAGGGAGGUCGCGGAAGACCUGCAGCUGACGCCUGCGGUGGUCUAUGUGAGUCGAGAGGAAUGUUUGCAAUUGGUCACUGGUUGCGCCAAGAUGGACUGGCAUCAUGAAAAGCUGCUCCAGGGUGCCAGCAGCUGGCUGUGCGAGGGCCGCCGUCAUGCGGAGCUGGAGCCACAUGAGGUUGCGAAGUUCUUGCAGGGCUUCUCAGAUUUGGGCUUCGCACAGCCCUUGCUGCGGGCAUCACUGGAGCACGCCCUUUUGCGGGUGGCUCCUGAGAUGCCGCCAGAUAGCUGCACUUCAGCACUGCAAGGGGCAUUGGAUGUAGGGAUGUCCGUACGCAGCACUGCGGUGCGCUCACUGCUGCGCCGCUGCAGCGCUCGACUUCGGCAACUCUCCGCAGCCGAUGCAGAGCAGCUGCGACAGCUGGCUGCGGUGCUGCUCCAGCAAGCUGAGGCGGAAGUUCUCAGCCAGCACAAGGCGCAGAGGGUUCACUGGGUCGGGGGAGCUGAGAUCAAUCAGAUUCGACCGGAAAGGUCCGAUGAUGAGCCCAAGGAGCGACAUCAGCAUGGGCAGCAUGAGCCCAAGCGAGGCGACCUGGUGCAAGCUGCUCGGAAUGGGACCCUUGAAAUGGUGCGCUCAUUCCUGGCCGAAGCUCAGCCGGGCGAUCUCGAGCGGAAGGGUCGUGGUGGUCGUACUGCACUCCACAACGCAGCACAGAAGGGCCGCGGGCCCGUGGCAGAGCUGCUGUUGGCCGCACGCGCCAACGUGCAUGCCACAGACCAAAGCCUUACCUGUUGGACGCCUUUACAUUUGGCAGCUGCAAAGGGCCACCCCGACGUCGUGCAAAUGCUGCUGAACGCACAUGCUUCGGUGGAUGUGUGGAAUGCACAAGGCCAGACGCCCCUACACGAGGCGGCCAACCAUGGCCAUGCUUCAGUGGUGCAACUUCUACUGGCCGCCCGAGCCUUCGUGGACGUGACCGAUGAUGCCAGCCCAAGGAAGUGCGGCCUCUGCUGGACACCCUUGCACUUUGCCGCAGCCGAAGGUCAUCCAGAGGUGACAGAGAUCCUCUUGCAGGCUAAGGCAUCCAUCAAUGCUGAGGAGAGGUUACAGGGCGAUACUCCGUUGCAUUUGGCAGCAAACGAUCGCCAUGCUGGGAUGGGGAAAGAGGGUUCCGUGGAAGGUCACCACCGAGUGGUGCAGCUGCUUUUGGCUGCUGGAGCAUCCGCAGAUGUGCCGAACCGUCGAGGCCGAACCCCUUGCGACAUUGCACAAAAGAACGGCAAGACCAAAGUUCUUGGAGCACUGCAGCCCGUUCACGUUACUUUAUUAAGUGGACGUUGCGCCAUGUGUGAUCCAUCUCCGGACCGCCAUUUGAAGGACUUGAAAGAAGAGGCUGAGCAACAACUUGGUGUGAAGAUUGGACAGCUCCUGACAAGCUCCGGUGAGAAACCGCCGGACUUUAUGACCUUGGCCCAAGCAAAAAUCAGCUAUGGAGAUCUCCUGCAUGCGGUUGUUGCCCGAGAAGAGGAGGAAGAUGCUGCAUCCAUGCCGGUUUGUGAUGAUUCAGACGUGGAGGCCUCGCUGGCCUCAUCGGAAAGUGACUCCCUCGGUACCAAGCCGCCAACUCAGACCCCACACGGUGCAUACAACUUGCAAGAUCCGCGGCAGCUAGUAGAGCUCCUCAUCAAUGCGAAGAUUGGGUUGAUACGCCUGGAUUACUUGCGUGAACUGCGCCAUCGUGGGGGACAAUUUCCUCGUCGGCAAGAAGCUGACUUGGAAAGGACCACCCACGGCUGGCCAACCAGCCCUGGUACAGAUCGAGGAGUUGCGCAGCCUUGA